AUUCAUUCGUUUUGCCGUCAAAAAAGCGUCAGUUGACUUGAUAAUUUGCUUGUGAGGCGUAGUUUUUGGAUUUGUUUUGUAAAUUAUUUCUAUAAUUUACAUUUCCUUAGCAAAAUUUAUUAUUCUAUACUAUUAGUGGUAUCAAACCUUAUAAGUACUCUCUUCCUUUCAACGCCAAUGGACUGAAUUUAAAACUAGUGCAUGUUUUUACAAGUGAAACUGUGAUGUUGACUUCGUAACUUCCAAAAUAUCAAACAAAUACAGUUUAUUUUCAAGUCUGAUAACAAAACAAAAAUACCGAUUUGAGUUGAAUUAACGAUACAUUAGCCAAAUAACUUUCGCGCGGAGGAAAAGUGAAAACAAGGUUUAGCAUUUGUGUUUGUUGUGGUGGUGAACUUUCAGUGUCAACAUGAAAAAUUUGCUCAAAGUGUUCAGGACGAACUGUGGCCACUGGGUACUGCUGUCGCGGCUGCGGUGUAGUACUUGAGCUUAUGACUUUGUGUGAUUAAGAACUGAGGAUGGGAGCUCGGUGGAGGUGAAGGGUGUAGCAGCGGCCUCACCGUGGAGCACCUCGUGGGCGGCGGCGCGCCGCACCCCGCGCGCGCCCCGCACCCCGCGCACCCGCCCAACAUGCUGCAGCCCAUGGAGGAGAUGAUCCUGCCCCCCAAGCGCCAGGCCGUGGUUGACCGCCUCAGACGGCGCAUAGAGACGUACCGGCGGCGGCAGUCGGAGUGCGUACCGCGCUUCGACCAGUCGUUCAGCGGCGCGUGCGAGCAGCAGAACCUGGAGACCAGCGUGCUGCAGAAGCGCUUCCUCGAGGGCAAGGCCAAGCGGCAGGCCAAGAAGAGCGACCGCAAGCCCGACCUGCCCGCCAUCAGCGGGAACCUGCACAGCAGCGUGCAUGUGCAACAAAAGUUCGGUUGCGGCGACUACGAGCCGCCGGCGAAGCUGCAAUGCGGCGGCGGCGCGGGCGAGGCGCUCACCAAGUUCUCGGUGGAGAUCGUGCAGCAGCUGGAGUUCACCACGUCGGCCGCCGACUCGCAGCCGCAGCAGAUCUCCACCAACGUGACGGUGAAGGCGCUCGCCAACGCCGUGAAGACGUCCGGCUCGCCGCCGCCGCCGCGCGCGCCCACGCCGCUCGACUGCGAGCGCGAGUGCAAGACCGAGUGCAAGUCCGAGGCUACCGACGACGAGUUCGUGGGCCUGGACGAGUGCGCGGCCGCGCUGGACCGCGACGCCGCCGCCGCCUUCCCCGGGCUGGCCGACCUCAUCGGCGAGGCGGACGGCGACAACUUCGACUUCCUCAUCUCGGAGAUCUCGGAGUACCCGGAGUUCAUGAAGGACUUCGACCUGGACGGCGGCGGCGGCGGCGGCGGCGGCGGCGAGGAGGCGCGCGGCUACGCGGGCGAGAUGUCCCCCGCGGCGCAGACGCUCAAGCACAUGGCGGAGCAGCACCAGGCGGCGGCGGGCGCGGAGUGGGCGCGCUACCGCUACCCGCCGCGCCGCCCCGCGCCCGCCCCCGCCCCCGCGCCCGCCCCCGCCGCGCCCCACGACCUGCACAUGACGCAGCACCAGCAGCUGCACCUGCGCCCGCACCACAACCUGCAGGUGUCGGCGGCGCAGCACAUGCAGGUGUCGAGCUCGGGCGGCGCGCACGUGAGCGCGCAGCAGGGCAUGUACGCCUCCUACCACCAGGGCACGCCGAGCCCGCAGCACCACCCAGGUGGUGGUUGCGAUUCCUACUCGGUGUCUCAGUCGCAGAGCAUCAACUUCUCCCAGCAGAUGCGCGCGCGGCCCGCGGCGCCCGCGCAACCCAACGCGUCCGCGCAAGGCGUGGCAGCGGCUGGCAUAUCACGGGAGAUGCAAGCAAAAAUGCUACAACAACAACAGCAGCAAAUGCUGCGGGCGCAGCAGCAGCAGCAGAUGCGGCCGCCCCCGCCCGAGUACAAGGCGCGGUUUGCGGGCCCGGGGCCCCUAGGCGGCGCGAGGCGGGCGCCCGGGCCGGCGGCGCAGGGAGGGCCCCGCGCCUACGCACACCCGCGCGCCUACUCGCCCGAGUGGCGCCACGUGCUGAUGCAGCAGCAGGCGGCCCGGCACCAGUUCCCGCAUCAUCAUCAAGGUGGUUUCGGCAUGAACUCGAUGGGCGGCGGCAUGACGCAGCAGCAGCAGAUGCAGCUGCAGCAGUCGCGCCUGCAGCAGCAGCAGCUCGUGCAGCACCAGACGCAACAGAGAACACAAAACCAACAGCAGUCCCCGAUGACUCACCUCUUGAUGCAACAGAACCAAAUGAUGAAUGUUCAAGGACAGAUGCCCAACAUACACAUGAGUCAAUCGCAGAGUAUGACGAUGCAGCAGGGUAUGGGCGGCAUGGGCGGCCACCAGGGCAGCCCGAUGCAGGGGCAAAACGGACCCAUGCCGGGGCAGAACAGUCACAUGCAGGGUCAGAACGGCCCAAUGCAAGGGCAAAACGGCCAAAUGCAGGGACAAAACGGUCCAAUACAAGGACAAAACGGUCAGAUGCAGGGGCAGAAUGGUCCUAUGCAAGGGCAGAAUGGCGGCAUGCAGGGGCAGAACGGCCCCAUGCAGGGGCAGGGCGGGGCCAUGCACGCGCAGAUGCAGCAGCAGGGCUCGCUCAUGUCGUUCCCCUCGCUGCACAACACGUCUUCCUUCACGGGGCAACCGGCGGACUUCAGCCUCGACUUCCUGGACAACAUGCCUUCCACCGACGCCAGCAACCUCACCGCUCAGGAACUACUCAACUCAUUAGAAAACUCAUUUUUGAACGACCUCAUUUAAAGCGGUUUUGCUUACUGUUGAUGUCUUUAUCACACCUGAUUGGCCCAUUUUUACAGUCAAUUAGCGGAGUACUUCCACGCGGCCUCCUGUGUCCGUCGGAGAUACUAAACUGUGACCAAUAUUUAACCCUUACGAGGAAGACCAAAUUAUUAGAGGAUUAAGAUCCGCCGUAGCGCGGGUGUUGGACAUUUCGAUUCUUUAUUGUUCGAGUAGUGAUUCUUGUAUGCCAUUUUUCUACUCUUCCUAGUGUCGAUCCAUGCGUACGCAUUGUUUUAUAAUCCUAUUUAUUGUGAGAAUAUCCAUUUCAUAGUAUUUAUAGUGUCAUUGUUAAUAUUUCUUCUGUAAAUAUUUUAUAGUAGUCUAAGACGUUUGUAUAAUAGUAAUAAUUAUGGUGAAAUAGUAGUACUUUACAAAUAAUAUCCCAAAACUCCACGAUGUAUGAAGUCCUAAUAGAGUCCUCAUUUGAUAUAACUUUAUAUUUUAAAUAGCAUACUUUAUUUUAUCACGACUAUAUUUUACUAUUUAUAUUUAUUUAGAAAUCAUAACUUUAUCGUGACAAGCACAAAAGACAUUCAAUCACAUCAUUGAUUUGUUUUAACUUCAUCGUAAAAUGCACACAAUAUUAAAUUGAAUUUUACGUGAUUUUUAUAGUGAUUUAAAUGGCAAUUCCUUUACAACAAGGCCUCCAAAAUAACCUAUUGAUAUUCAUGUCUAAAUUAGUCUUCACUGAGGGAAAGUAUCGAAUGCUUGCCCGACUCCAAGGAGCGUCUUUCCGCCUAGGAAUGGCCAAAUCUGUUUAAUCGUACACAGUGCAAAUGUAUUUUUUUUAUAUAGUUUUAAGUUUACUGUAAGGUCAUUCCUGUACCUAAGAUAUAUUGUAGCAUAUACUGUGAUGUUGGUCUCAAUCUUCAAUAGGUAAUAUUAUAGCAUCAAUUAUUAUUAUACAUAGAUAGAUUAUUGUUGGCAUUAGGUAUGGUCAGGUCUAGAAUCGUUAUUGUUAAGGAUCUCAUAUGUCAUUUAUGCGGGGAUUUCGGAAAUCUUGAAUAUACACAAUGAAAUAUCGGCUUACAUAUUUAUAUUUAAGUAAUGCACAGUUACUUAUUCCUACGAAAAUUAUGUUUAAUCUUAUAUUAAAUUGGGGUGGUUUUCUGUUUCUUGUUGUUCAACAUUAUCAGAAUCAAUAUCAUAAUAUAUUAUGAACUUUUUGGUAUAGUGAAUAACUGGAUUGCUUUAGAUAUAUUACUAUUAAUAUAUGUACGUAUAUAUAUGUCGUUGACGACAAGACAUAGAAAACGACCCGUAGAUACCCAUCUUAGUAUAAAACCUCCAUUACCUUUUGUUACGUAAUUAUUUUCGGUAUCACAAAACUAUAAAUUUUAUUUAUUCAGUAUUUGUUUGAAUGCUUACGAGCCCGUGUGGCACUUGCAAAUUCACUUGGUAGAUGCAAAACUUGUUUGUCUAUUUAAGAUAAAAAAUCAGAUUUUAAACAAACAUGUACACUUGACUUCAUAAAUAUGCACAGAUAUAAAUUUUCUGAAUUUAUUGUUUUAUAAGGUUAAAAAGUGAAUUCAUGAGUAUUUAUUUGUUCGACUGUACCUAGAUGUUUAGUGACAAAAUCUAGUGAAUUUGCGGCGCUAGCACAUAAAAGACCAAACGGAAUCACCAUUCAUAGCAUCAUGUUAUAAGUAAUUACCCACUAUAUUGUAAUAGGUUCAGCUCUCUGUACAAUAACAAUAGAAAGCCAACUGUGAAUGAAGGGACAUUCCAGAGCCAUUGUUAACAAUGUUUUAACUUUAGGACCAAUUUUUGAAUGUUCUUUUGAAAAUAAUAUUACAUAUUGAGAA